CGGGCACACUAAACCAAACGAAAAUAAUUUUGUUACAAAAAAAAUCAACAAAUCGUAUUGUUAAAUGGCCGUGCGAACACGAACGACCAAAAAUCCGCCGCAGCGCCCGAUUCCAAACCAAAUCCUCGAGGCAGUCGGUAGUUAAUAAUACCGCAGAGCGGCCAGAUCGGGGGAUAUAUACCAUCCAUAUCCGAGUACCCUCCAACGAGAGAUCGGAGCAUAUAGAGGAGGAGAUCCCGAGAAGAUCCAGAGUUACGUGAUUCCCGGCGACACGGAUUCGAUUCUGGCUGGGAUUGGGCUUCGAAUUGGAGCAUUGCCAACGGCGGAUCAUCGAUGCAACAAUGAAUGUUCGAAAGCGGCCACGUCUGGAAAUGGAACUCGGUUCCACUACCACCACCACCAGCACAUCCACGUCCUCCUCCUCCGUAAACAGCAGUAAUGCCAAUCCAACGGCUGGUAGCCUCAUGACCAUUACCAAUCACCACACCGCUGAUUUGUCAGAGGCCCUGGUCAGCAGUUCCUUUGCCAACGGCCAUCAAAGCCUAAUCCUUACCAGCGCCAUGGGAAAUCCGCUGAUGAACAGCCAAGGUGCUCAGAUAUUCCUCACGAUUUGCGGUGACGAGAACUCGGAGGAUUCGCAGGAGUACUAUACCAUUAAACAGGAACCAGGCUCCGAUCUGGAUGUUCAUUCGCUGCUGCCCACCAAUCUGCAGCUGCCCACUGGCUGUGAGAUUUAUCUGGUCAAGGACACCGGCAGUUUAAUGGGUGAAUCGCCGACCAAGGCGGCCAUCAAGCUGGAACUGGAUACGUUGAGCGAAAAGCCGCGUCUUCCAACUGUUACAACUUCCUCCUGCACAAAGCCCCUGGUAAUAACCACCCAGACCGUGAAUCCUCCCACUCCAGGAAACACUACCACCUCCAGUGUCCUGUAUGGCUCUCACGGCCACAGCCACGCCCAAGCCCGAUCCCAGCCAGAAUCCGCUGGCCAAACGCCAUCCAGCAAACUGGAGGCGUACAAGAAACGCGAUGACAAACGUCGUGCCACGCACAACGAAGUCGAACGCCGGCGUCGCGACAAGAUCAACAGCUGGAUCUUCAAGCUCAAGGAGAUGCUGCCCAGUCUGAGCUCCAGCUCCAGUUUCAGUGAAGCGAGCACAAGUCCCAGCACCAGCGGAAGUACGAGUACCAAUGGUAGCGCAAAUGGAAGUAGCCACUCCAAAGGGAAUACCAGCAGUUCCAGCGGACGGACGCCGCCCAAUGACUCCAAAUCGCAGAUCCUGAUCAAGGCGUGCGAGUACAUCAAGAGCAUGCAGGGCGAGAUUGACACGCUACGCGACUGUCUGAGGGAGGCGGAUGGACUGAGGGCCAGCAACCAGGCGCUGCGGGAGGAACUGGAUCGCCUGAAGCGCCAGCAACAGCUCCAGGAGCGCUUCCACACGGCCAGCGGAAGAUCGACCUUCAAUGUUACGCUGAACUCGCUAAACAGCUCGGCAACCAGUGAUCUUUUCGAGGGAAUCGAUACGACGCCCAAUCUGGCCGCCGUCUCGUCGCUGGGAUUCGGCAAGCGUGGCCUGCUGAUCAGCGAUUUUGAUGAGUAAGCAAGCUGGCAGCGAAAAUGGAGUGGAAAGACAAACAUAUGGGUGCACCGAUUUGGUUACCGGUUACGGGUUACGGAAUACGGGAUACGGGGAAAAAAUAAAAACAAAAACGUAGGCGGAUGGACAAGCGCUGGCGCCUUCACAAACAUAUACGCCCAUCCACCAAAGAAUGACGUGCAACGUACACGCAACGCAACACACGCAGUACAAUAAACGGACAUGACGAGUGAUUCCUUGUUAUCGCCGCUCUGUUAUAUGUUAUAUAAGAAAAGCAUAUUACAUAUGUGUAUGUAUAUGCAGUCGAACUUGGGUGACUCAAGCCAAGUUAUUGGCCUAACCGCUCUGACAAAAAGCUGUUCUCAAUUGAGUUUAAUUAACGAGCCACGGCACAACACAGCUGCUUUUAUAUGUUAUAUCUGUUAUUGGUAUUAUUCCUUCCCUACUCACUACUCCCUCCCUCACCUCAAAAGUGAGCCAAAAAAAAAUCAUCCAUAUAACGAUCUAACGAAUUUUUUGUACCACAGAAACAUGGUUCACCCAUGCCGCGUUCAUUUUCAUAUUUAGUUAGGGUUCCGGGAUAUUAGAUCACAAACAAAUAUUGUUGUUAAGAAGCUUUAAAGCCCUUUCUGUUCUUCCAGGUAUUUUUUCUAUUUUCUAUAUUCUAUAUUAAAUUAUGUUUAAGAUAUACGUAUGUAUAUUUGUUUCGAUUUGCACAGCGAAUCUAUAACUAAGCCAUGUUUAAAACAAUUUCUAUGCGUUCAUUUGAACUACUACUACAGUUGUAGUUUUCACUUUCAACAAGAGGUUGUUGUAAUGAAAGUAAAAUAUUUUUUUCAAAAAUGUCAUGUAAACAAAUUGAAAUAAUAGUAAAAUAACAUAAGAUAAGUAUAAGAAAUUUCUUGCUGAAAGUGGAAACUGAAGUGGUGGACAUAUUAUAAAGAAGUUUUUAAUUCGUUAUACAGGAAUUUAGUUGUAAGUCUGAAGCUUGAGUAACAAAAGUUCGAUUGUAUAGAUGUUAAAUGAUUUUUUUUUAUUUAUCUAUGGAAAGCACUCAGAUCCUCAAGCGGUUUGCCAUCAUUAUAUACCUAUGAAUUACCUAGAAAUACAAGCAAAAUCUAAAAGCGUUAACGAUACCUACCUAUUGCAUAUAUACCUUGAACUAAAUCAUAUUUGGAGCAUGUUUGUGCUUGAUUUUUCGAUUUUAUUGUACUGUUUCUCGCACUAAUUACCUACAAAAUAAUGUAACGAAAUUAUACUAUAUCUAGUUAUAUCGUAUAUAUAUUAUAUAUUAUAUAUUAUAUAUAUAUAUAUAUAUAUAUAUAUAUAGACAAGUGUACAUACGUAGUGCAGGCGGUAGAACAGUGGGAGUUCGAGGGAGAUGCGGCUAUAUAGUGCCGCACUGCUCGUCGGGGGCGUGUGCACCGUUACAGAUAAAACGCUAUUGUUGAUAAAGAAUAAUAUUAUAUUAUAUUAUAUUUGAGCAUAAAGUUGUUGUGAAUGUUAUAUCACUGUUUUCGAUAUACGACGCUGUUUCAGAAGUAUACAGAACAAAAUGUUUUAAAUAUGAUUCAUUUGUAAUACUUAACAAAAAUGCCAAAAAAACAAAAAAACAAAAAACAAUUAAACAAACACACCACACUAAUGCAAACACACUAAGAUUCGGGAUUGUAAGGAUUGUGAGGUACUGGGAAUUGCAUUGUUUGACCCAUGGCCGAAACGAAAUGGGAUCUUGUGUUACUUGUUGCUAUCUAUAUGCAGUACAUUACAAUAAUAUCACAUUUCUGUCAUUUGACAGCUAAUAAUUCUAUUCAAUUUCAAUAAACGAACUCAGUAAUGGUUAACACACA